AAAACAAUCUACUUCCGCUUUGUUCUUCUUGUCGCGGUAGAUCGUUCUUGUUAGUGGUUCGUUGGAAUUUUCUUCAAACGGAUUUUCAUAACCAAUCUACAUUCCUAAUGGCCGACAGCGAUGAUGAAUAUGAUAGAAGGCGUGGACGAGACAAAUUUCGUCGUGAGAGAAAUGACUAUGAUCGCAGAGAAGAGAGAAGACGAGAUUCCUGGGAUCACGAUCGAGCUCGGAGUGCUUCAACCAGAUCUCGUGAUGUGUGGAGCAGCCGUAACCGAGAUAGCAAUAAACGGGACCUGUAUGGGCGAGACUAUGAUUCACGGAGGCGGGACCGCUAUAGUCCACCAAGGCAUGAACUUAGUCCGCCUCAGAUGAAGAGAAUGCGAAGAGACUGGUCAGUAAAGUUUCUUAUUUUCUAUCUACAUUGUCUUCAUGUCAAAAUUGAAUUAGAUUAUCCGACCCAGCCGUCAAUGCUGACCAUCAAGCAGUUCCUCUUGCAGCAAGAUGAUGGCAUCAGUGACCAAGAUGCUAUCAAGAAGUACAACGAAUACAAGAUGGAAUUCAAGAAGAAUCAGAUAACAGACUUUUUUCUUUCACAUAAGGAUGAAGAAUGGUUCAAAUAUAAAUACCAUCCUGAAGAAUGUUCCAAGCGAGAGGAGGAUCAGCAUGCUGCCCUUCGACGCCGGCUUGAGAUCUUCUUGGAGCUGAUGAACCAGAAAAGGGUUGAUGCCUGCUCUGUUGAUGUGGAUAGAUCUGAUGAUCUCAUCAAACUGCUGGAUGCUGCUGUUAUCAAACUGGAAGGUGGUGAUGACACAGACCUGAAGGUAUUAGACGAACCUGAACUAUCUGAAAAGGAGGAAGCCGCCCGUGCUUCAAAUAAUACAGAAUCUCAAACCACCACAGAGAAAAAAACUGAGGAACCAGCCAAAACCACUGCACAAAAGACCCCAGAACCUGCUGACCCUAAGAAGGAUAAAGAGAAGAAAGAUGAGAGUGAGAAGAAAGAUGAUUCUCCAGAGUUUGCUGCAAAAAAAAAUCAAGAUGAAUCACAGAAGAAAUCGCCAGAAUUUUCUAAGCAGAAACUCCCACAAACUGAUGAAGAUACUCCUUCUGAAACUGAAACAGAUAAAAAGACAAAAAAGAAGCGCCAUCGUGACAAAACAGAGUACAGCUAUGAGACUGGCUCCGAAUCUGAGAGUGGAUCAGAUCCAGGGCCAGAACCUGCUCCUCCUGGCGUUGAUGACCCUGAUGCUGCACAGACUGAAGAUGCCAGUGCCGAGGAGACAAAACAGCGUAACACUGAGGAAGAGGAAGAGGAGGAGGAAGAAGAUGCUGGGAAUGAUAGCAGCAAAGCUGAGGAAAAGGAAAGCAAAUCUGAUGAAAAAGACAAAGAUGUUGAUACUUCAGAGGAAAAUGCUCAACGUAAAACUGAGAACCAGACGCCUCGAGCUUUGCAUCGAACCUGUUCAAUUUUUCUGCGAAACUUGGCCCCUUCUAUUACAAAACAGGAAGUUGAAGGAACUUGUCGACGUUAUCCUGGCUUCAUGAGAGUUGCACUUCAAGACCCACAGCCUGAACGCCGCUUUUUUAGGCGUGGCUGGGUUACUUUUGAGCGCUAUGUCAACAUAAAAGAAAUCUGCUGGAACCUUAACAAUAUUCGUCUGCGUGACUGUGAACUGGGGGCCAUCGUGAACAGGGAGCUAAAGCAAAGGGUGCGCCCCGUCCAUGGGAUUACGGCCCACAAGCCCAUUGUCAAGCAGGACAUCAAACUUGCCGCAAAGAUCAUACAGAACCUAGAUUCUAAGUGGAAACUCUGGGAUGAUCAUGGAGAAGAGAAGAAAGAUCUUGAAAAGUCGUAUGGUUUGGUGUCGAAGAAUCCGGUGUUAAAGAACAUAGCUGAUUAUCUUGUUGAAGAGGGUAGUUAUGAAGAGGAAGAGCUACUUGGUGGAACCAUAGAAGAUAAAGACAAAUCCAAGGAAGAAACACAUGAGCUGACGCUGGAUCGGGAUGCAUCUUUAAUUUCAGUUCUUGACCGUAUGAUUCUGUAUCUUCGCAUUGUCCAUUCUUUGGACUAUUAUAGUGCCAGUGAGUAUCCCAAUGAAGAUGAGAUGCCACACCGAUGUGGCAUUAUCCAUGGACGUGGACCGCCUCCGCUGAAAAUAACACAAAAUGAUGUAACUGAUUGGAUGAACAAUUUUGAAACGAAAUUAAAAGCAUUCGUUGAUAUGCAACAUCUUAUUGACAAAGAGCAAGCCAUUUUAUUGGGCAGGAAAGACCCAAAUGCUGAAGUCGAGAAGUUUGUCACUUUGAAUACACAAGAGCUGGCCAUUGACAAGUGGUUGUGCCCUUUGAGUGGGAAGAAGUUCAAAGGCCCCGAUUUUGUGCGAAAGCACAUUUUCAACAAGCACAGUGAAAAAAUUGAAGAAGUUAAAAAAGAGGUUGCCUUCUUUAACAACUAUCUGCUUGACUCUAAACGACCUCAGUUGCCUGAACAUCCUGGGACCAAACAGCCAGGCUCUAGUGGCACUACAACUGGCCAACGAGACAGCUUGUUGGGGCCAGGUAAUGCCUUUCAAGCAAUUCCUCAGAUGCUGGCUUACAACCAGCCAAGACCACCUUUACUCUAUGGAGCACCACCAACUCCAUAUGUUGCUUCCAAUUAUGGUAGAGACAACUAUCGACUUGAUUAUAGACGAGGGGGCAUUGGAAAUGUUGGUCUGGGACAUAUGAAACCAUACAGACGUUCUGAUCCAAGAAGCAUCAUAGAAUAUCGGGAUCUCGAUGCACCAGAAGACGUGGACAUAUUCUAAAUAAGAUACAUUUUUAGCUUUAAACAUUUUUUAAUGGAGACAUUUUUUUUUAUUUAUUUUAUUAAAUCUUUUUUUUUUUCAUUUUUUUUUCUCUAACUUCACUCAUAUCCUCUCUUUAUCUCUCUCUCUCUCUCUCCUUAUCAUAAUUAUAUUUUUCAUAAUUUUAUUACCUCUUCACAUUUUUUCUACUCUUUUGCCAUAAAUGUUUUAUUUCUGUUUGUCUGACUGCCUAUCCCCCCCCCCUAUUUGUUUUCUUGGAUAUCUUCCAGUGUGCCUACUCAUUUGCAUUCAGCAAGCUAGCGUGGAUGGUAGUGGUAGGGAUGAUCAUAGUGACAGCGAUUGGGUGGUGAUGGGAGCUGUGGUUGUUUUGGCAGUUUCAUUGGUGGUGAUGUUGGUAGCAAUGUUGGUGUUAGUAUUGGCAGCUAAAAUAGUGGUGAAGGUAAUAAUUGUAUUUUGGUAGUUCAAAGCCAGUGAUGAUGAUGAUGCUGAUGAUGAUGAUAGUACUGGCAACUGCUGCUGUUGUGAUAGUCAUAGUUGUAGCAGUGGUGAAAGAAGUGAUUAUGUUGAUUGUGGUUGCAGUAAUGACGUUGAUGGUGGCAAUGGCUGUUAUGUUAUUGGUUAUCGUGAGAAGUGUUUUUCAGAUGUGCUGUUAAAGUAUUAGGUCCUUGUCCAUACAGUGAAGAUCUCAAAACUUGUACUUUCCCCUGUGUGGCUACUUUUAAGCAAGGCAGCACAAAACACUACUUGCACCAAUACACCUGACUGACAAAGCUGUUUCCACUCUUACUGGGGUUGGGUGGUUGUAUAUUCCAACUAGCAGUAAGGACCUUUUGAUCCACCAAUAUACAAAUGUCUCAGUUUUCACACGCCACUCUUUCUCUGUACCACCUCCCCCCCCCCUUCAUUUGAUUUUGAUUUUUUGAGAACCAACUGUGUCUGUACGUGUAAAGCUGUAAUAAUGCAAUCGAACGCUUGUCCCAUCUUUCUUCAUCCUGUCUUACACUACCCAUCGUCUGACUUUAACCUAAUGUGCUGCAUUCCUUUGGCAUUCCUUCAGUGGUGCCUGAAGUACUAAGUGAGGCUGUCGGUGGUUGUAGUGUUGGUGGUGGCAGUGACAAAAGCAAUAGCAAAAUAAAGACAUUUAUCUAUGGCAAA